AUGUCAAUAUCUACGUUGAGUGCUCUGAGCAGCUGCAUUGGAUCCGCUAGGAGAAAUGCUUGUUUGAUUUUAACUCAGGUGCGUACCGCUACCAAGAGAGCUGCUGGCUCUAGAACCUCUAUGAAGGACUCUGCCGGGAGACGGCUGGGUCCAAAGAAGUAUGAAGGUCAGCAAGUAAAAGUUGGUGAGAUCAUAAUGAGACAGCGUGGUACAAAAUUUUUUCCCGGUGAAAAUGUUGGAAUUGGUAAAGAUCAUACUAUAUACGCAAAGGAACCUGGGGUGGUACGCUAUUACUUAGAUCCAUUCCACCCCAAACGUAAAUUCAUUGGAGUAUCCUUAAGUCGUGAACUGAGGUUGCCACUACCUCAUUUUGAACCAAGAGUCAGGAGAUUCGGUCGUCAAGUGAUAAAAGCAGCUUCGAGGGCUAAGCAGGAAGACCUAGUAUUACCAAGGAAAAAAAAUAUGGUCAGAGAUGACAUCAUCGCUCAGUUGGAUACUCGUGAGACCAGGAGAAAAGAACUUGCAAAAGAAUAUAUCACAAUUCUACGUGACAAUUUGAAGAUUGACAUCAAAAGCGAUGAAAUCGCCACGUCUUACUUAAUACGUCUAAGGUCUUGUGUAAAGAAUGGCAUGACUUUGGAAGAAUCCCAAUUCAAUGCAAAGUAUUAUUUAGAGUACGAAGCCAGAUUGCAAAGUAAAAGAGAAAAAUGGGAGGAACAAAAAUCAGAAGAUUACCUGAAUCAAAUCAAGGAAACCAUCCAAUUACUGAACAAAAGCAUCUCCUUUGACAAUAAAUUGAAUUUAAUAAGAUACAUCUCUGACGAGGAGAAGAAGAGUAUGAAAGAUCAAUUCAUUGAAGAACUUAAUGAGCGGGCAUCGGUGAUACAAACUAAGAAGCAGAAAAAUGACACAAGAAAGCUUUUCUCUACUGCAAGUGACUUCUUGAGCUUUUCAGAGGAGGUUAGGUUACGCAGAAAAUACUUGAAGCCAAUACAGCCUGAAAACCAAUUUACCGUUGCCGAGAAACCAACAAAAUCAGGGUUCGUUUUGAGACGCUUCAACUAUGAGAAGAGUAGAGUUGAAAUUAUUCCAAGGAGAAAAGAAGCCUUUUUAAAUAAGCUUUAA